UGCGAGAACGACAAGCUGAGGCUGCAAUGCCGACCAAAAUCCAUCCUGGCCAUUUAUUCUGCAAAUUACGGACGAUUCCUGCGAGGCAAACCAGAGUGUGAUGCCCUGAACACUGGGGGACCCCAUAUAGAGUGCUUGGCUCCGGAUGCACUGCGAAGGGUCUUGCCCAGGCAGCUGCUGGAAGAGGUGGGCCCUGACACCUCGGACCCCUUCCUGCUCUCGGACUACAUGCACGGUGGCUGGUACAAAGGGCCCAGGUUCUCCAGGCUCCGGGAAGACCGGAUGAUUUUUACUAGCUCCCUGGCAGCCUUUGCCCACCUUUGGGGCGUUCCAGAGAAAGUUGGCCUGUACUUUCUUUGUGGGGUCUCAGGAGGCCUCAUGCUCCUGCUGUGCAUCAUCAGCCCCAAAACGACCUUCCUUCAGGAGCUGGGAGAGGCUCUCAAAGACCCGGAGCUGGGUAGCAGCUCGGAGCUGAACCGGACCAAGCUGCGGGAUGAGCAGGACGAAGACCUUCCUGAUGACAGCUCCUCGGACUCCUCCUUCCGCCGCCUCACCCGCACUUACCGAGCCACCAACAGCAUCUUUGGCCCCGAGCUGACGGCAGCCAUGGAGGGAGCAGUGGAGAACCAGGGCUGCAGUGGGGAAGAGAUCUGGAUGCCCAAGGAGUCAAGCCCCUACGCCAUCCACAAGAUCAAAUCAGCCACCAAAUAA